AUGAGUGUUGAAGAAAUCGAGGAAUCAUUUAAUAAACGCAAAUCAAUUAAAUUGAAGCAACGAUUGCUUGUUAUGCAAGAGGAGGUACAGCAUCCUGAUAUUGAUAAAUACGAUGAGGUUGCCUUAUCCGUAAAGGUGGAAUUGCUGGAUAAAUUGUAUUCAGAUUUUGAAGUCGUGCAUGAUCGUCUAGAACGAGAAAAUUAUGAGGAAAUGGAAAGCACUCUACCGGCAGAAGUCUCUGCGAUAUAUACGACAAUCAAGACGACUCUGACGAGAAAAAUUAUGACACUUCGAUCAAAUCCAAAUAACCAAAACCCACCACUGUUAAGACAAUCUACAAUAAAUGAAUCGCUGCCAUCAUUUUUGUUACCAGUACAAAAAACGCGUUUGCCAAUUAUACAAAUUCCAACAUUUAAUGGCAUUUAUACUGAUUGGCCGGAUUUCUUUUCAAUGUUUGAAACUGUUAUUGGCAACGAUGAUGACUUGUCCAAAAUUGAAAAAUUUCAACAUCUUAAAACAUGUCUUGGCGGUUCAGCAUUGGAUUCUAUUCGUUCGUUGGAAAUUAGUGCUACAAAUUACGAUAAAGCUAUUGAAAUAUUAAAAAGUCGAUUUGAUAACAAACGUUUAAAUUUUCAGGCACAUAUAAGGGACAUUGUGGCAAUGAGCAAUGUCGAAGUUGGAUCUGUUGGAAAGUUGCGACAUCUAAGUGACAGCGUAAAUUCUCAUUUAAGAGCUUUGUUAACAAUGGGUACUAAGGAGCAAAUUGCUGAUUGCUUGCUGAUUCAUAUAAUUGGCCGUAAGCUUGAUAUUACAACACAAACUAAAUGGGAGGAAACUACACCUGUAAAUGAAAUACCAACAUGGGAGCUUAUGGCAAAAUUUCUGCAAGCUAGAUGUCAAACUAUGGAAAAUGUGGAGAAUUCUGUUGUAAAUGAAUCAUCAAACAAACAGGUGGGAUCUAAAUUAUAUCAUUACACUAACAAAAGUAAAAAAUCAUUAGUAGUUUCGACUAACUCACAAAAGGUUUGUCCCAUUUGCAAUUCUCCGUCGCAUGCAAUUUAUAGUUGCCCUCAAUUUCUGUCAAAAACACCAUCUAUGAGAUUUAAGGACGUCAAACGUUUAAAUUUGUGCAUUAAUUGCCUUAGAAAAGGCCAUACCAUUAAGACAUGUGUUUCAAGUGGUUGUCGGCACUGUUCAUUAAAACACAACAGUUUGCUUCAUAUGGAUACUUUACCCAACUCACAAGAAAAUCAUUUGUCUAGCAUAACCGUAAGUGACAAUUCUAACGGAAAUGUUUCUUUAAACUCGAAUUUAGCAUCAUCUACUUCAGCUCCGACUAACAAUAUAACCUCUACAAAUUCUUUGCCUCAGUCGUCAUUAAUAGUUUCAAACUGUACACCUAAAAAAGGACAUGAUCCAACAACAAUAUUGGCAACCGCUAUAGUUUUUGUUAAAAACGGUGUUGGUUCACUUAUUCCAUGCAGAGCUAUUCUCGACUCUGCCUCACAAGCUAAUUUUAUAACAACAAAUUUCGUGAAUAAGUUGCAACUUAAAACCAAACGUGCAACAACACUCGUAUCAGGUAUUGGCCAGUCGAAUUUUGCUUCAGGAAAAAUCGUUAGUAUUUUUAUUCAGUCACGAACUUCAAACGUCUCAGCUUAUUUGUCAUCCGUUGUAGUAUCAGCCAUUGUAGAUAAUCAGCCACCAUUUUCAAUAAAUAUCUCCAAAUGGAACAUUCCCACUAACAUCCAGUUGGCAGACCCACUGUUUUUUAAAUCACAACAAGUUGACCUAUUAAUAGGUGGAGACUUAUUUUUUGAGUCGUUGUGUAAUGGAAAAAUUCAUAUUGGGGCAGGGUUGCCACUUCUACAAAAAACUGAAUUUGGAUGGGUUGUUGCUGGUGGAGGACUGCAACUAAAGAGAAGAAAUUGCUGUCUCAUGGGUGUUAUAAUUAAUGAAAACAAUACUUAUGAAAAUAAUUUGGAUAAUUUUAUUCGUCGAUUUUGGGAAAUUGAAAAUCAUAUGGAUGUAGUUUCGAAGAUAACAAAGGAAGAAAAAGAAUGUGAAAAUUAUUUUGUUAAAACCUACAAUCGUUUGAGUUCCGGCGAAUUUGUAGUUCGUUUACCAUUUAAAACAAGUCCACAAGCCCUUGGCGAAUCAUACAAAAAUGCCCUUUGUCGUUUUAAAAAUUUAGAAAAACGUUUAAAUCAGUAUGCAGAACUAAAAUCUCAAUAUAGUUCAUUUAUUAAUGAAUAUAUUGAACUUCAGCACAUGUCAUUGGUAGAAAAGUUUCCAGAAAACAUUUUAACGCAUUUUCUGCCACAUCAUUGUGUAACUAAGGCUGAUAGUUCGACAACAAAAUUGCGUGUCGUCUUCGACGGUUCAGCUAAAACCUCAACUGGAGUUUCACUCAAUGACAUACUUAUGUGUGGCCCUAAUAUACAGCCUAAUCUUUUCGACAUUUUGUUACGUUUUCGCUCUUUUAAUAUUGCUCUCACUGGGGAUAUAUGCAAAAUGUAUCGCUGCGUUAAGGUUUUAUAUCCAGACAAUUUUCUUCAAUGUAUAUUGUGGCGUAAUCAUGUUGAUGAUCCAAUAAAGGUCUACAAAUUAGAUACUGUUACAUAUGGCACUAAAUCUGCUUCUUUUCUUGCUGUUCGUGCAAUGCGCCAGCUAGCAAAGGAUGAAUGUCACUUCUUCCCUUUGGGAUCAAAAAUUGUGCUUCGUGAUUUUUACGUCGAUGAUAUGAUAUCAGGAGGAGACUCUAUGGAAGAGGUAAAUCAAAUUCUAGAAGAAACAACACAAUUGCUUAAAAAAGGAAAUUUUAAAAUUCGUAAAUGGUGUUCUAACGAUCCUCGGAUUCUUAGUAAAAUUAAAGAUGAAGAAAAGGAAAAGUUUCUAAAAUUUAAAGAUGGUACCGAUGUAACAAAAACGCUGGGAUUGAUAUGGGAACCAAAUAGCGACAUAUUUCUAUUUUCAUUUGUACCAUCUGUAUCUUCAAAUAAAAUUACCAAAAGAACGGUUUUAUCAACCAUAGCCAGAUGUUAUGAUCCUCUUGGCCUUAUAGGACCAGCUAUUGUUCAGACUAAAAUUUUCCUUCAGCAUUUGUGGAAAGAAAAGAUUGACUGGGACGAUAGUCUCCCACAGCGGCUCCAGUCUGCAUGGAUUAACUUGUGUUCCGAAUUCAAUGACAUAGAAGAGUGCAAAUUUCCAAGAAGAGUAAUAACGCCUGGUGGUCAAAUUCAAAUCCAUGCAUUUUGUGAUGCCAGCCUGUCAGCAUACGGCGUUUGUGUUUAUAUACGCAGUGAGUACAAUGGUGUUGUCAAUUCCAAUAUUCUUUGCUCUAAGUCUCGUGUAGCUCCCACCCAAGUACUUACUAUUCCCAAAUUGGAGUUGUCGGCUGCACUUUUACUUUCGGAACUUAUGUAUUCUAUUUCUAACUUGCACAUAUUUAAUGGAAAUAUUUUUUGUUGGUCGGACUCAACAAUUGUCCUUUCGUGGAUCCAAGAAGAGUCAUCAAAUUAUCAAGUAUUUGUUUCAAAUCGCAUAAGCCGUAUCCAGUCAUUAACAUCAAAUAUGAAAUGGUUUUAUGUUCCUACAACUAUGAACCCCGCUGAUAUUUUAUCUAGAGGUGCAACACCGAAAGAAUUGUCGAAGUCAAAUUUAUGGUCAUGUGGCCCUGAAUUUCUAAAACAAGAUCAAGAGUUUUGGCCUUCACAACCUUCGGCAGUAACAAACUUACCAGAAAGACGAAAACAGGUUUUAAUUUUAACAUCAGCAACAUUUCUCGACAUAUCACUUAAUUGCAAAUAUAUAACAUCAUUUGGAAAAAUCAGCAGAGUUUACGCAUAUAUAUAUAAAUUUGGAGCUGUUAAUGUUUCGUGCCGUAGAGGUCCAUUAACAACAGAAGACAUCCACAAAGGAACCAAGUUAUUAAUUCGUAUGGUUCAAAGAUGUAAUUUUACUGUAGAAUGUGAAUGUUUGUGUCAAGGAAAACCUAUACCUUCAUCAAGUUCAUUAAUAUCUUUGAACCCAUUUAUGGACAAUUUUGGAUUGUUAAGAGUAGGCGGCCGACUUAAAAAUUCUGCACUUGACUUCAAUGCUCAACACCCAAUAAUUAUUCCAAGGCAACAUCCAUUAACGGACUCAAUUAUAACAUAUUUUCAUGAAAAGAAUUUACAUGCUGGUCCACAGUCUUUAUUGGCAACAAUCCGAUUGCAGUAUUGGCCUUUAGGUGGCAGAAAGGUAGUGACCAGAAUUGUUAAUAAAUGUGUUCGUUGCUUGCAUUUUCGCCCUCGGGUGAUCGAACAUAUAAUGGGCAAUCUUCCACAUGACAGAGUACAAGCUCAUCGUGCUUUUUUGGUGACUGGUGUUGAUUAUUGCGGCCCUUUAUAUUAUCGUGCAGAAAUUCGAUCAAGAGCAAAAAUUAAAUGCUACAUAAGUCUAUUUAUUUGCUUCAGCACCAAGGCUGUACAUCUGGAGCUUGUAAAAGAUUUAUCAACUCAAGGUUUUUUAGCUGCGCUUAAACGUUUUAUCAGCAUUCGAGGUAGGCCGAAAACCAUUUGGUCUGAUAACGCUACAAAUUUUGUUGGCUCAAGAAAUGAAUUACAAGAGCUUAAGCAACUGUUUCUAAGCCAACAGCACUUAAAUGCUGUACAUGAAGAAUGUUUAGAAAAUUUAAUAGAUUGGAAAUUUAUACCACCAAGAUCACCUCACUUUGGGGGCCUUUGGGAGGCUUCAAUCAAGGUCGCAAAAUUUCAUCUUCUUCGCUCUAUUGGUCAGUCAGUUUUGGAAUUCGAUGAGCUACGCACAAUCAUAUGCCAGAUAUCAGCUAUUAUGAAUUCACGACCACUCUGUCCACUUUCAGAGAACCCUGAUGAUUUAGGUGUUUUAACUCCAGCGCAUUUUUUGAUUGGUGCCCCCAUAACUUCAGUUGUGGAACCAGAUGUGUCGAUGCUAAAUAUUCAUCGCCUAAGUCGUUGGCAACGGGUAUGCUUUAUGCAACAGCUAUUUUGGAAACGAUGGAGCACUGAAUACCUAACAAUUCUUCAACAACGUACUAAGUGGCAGGUUUCUUUAGAUAAUAUAACUAUCGGCACCAUGGUACUCCUAAAGGACGAAAAUCUACCACCUUUGAAGUGGCAAAUGGGCCGCGUAUUGGAAGUUAUAAAAGGUGAUGAUUGUGUCGUGAGAGUGGCUGUAAUAAAAACUGCUAAUGGUAUUAUUCGACGAGCGGUAUCCAAGAUAUGUAUUCUACUCAAUGAUGAUAUUGAAUCCUCAAAGAAUUCAAUGGGGGCAGGAUGUUUGAGUAAAUGA